AUGGAGCAAGUGAGGACCCUCCAAGUGAACAUUCCAUUUGUUGAAAUGAUAUUUCAUACACCCAAGUAUGCAACUUUGCUUAAGAGCCUCUUUACUACUAGACAAAAUAUGGAAGAAGUUGAUGAAGUAUUGCUGAAUGAGCUUCCAGAAAAGAGGGGUGAUUCGGGAAGCAUAAUCGUGCCUUGCCAAUUUGGGAAUAUCAUGACUACACGAGCAUUGACCGAUUCGGGGGCAAGUAUUAACAUCAUCCCAUAUUCUUUCUUCCAAAAGUUGAACCUCCCGAUUCCGAAACCUGUUCACAUAAAGAUCCACUUGGUCGACAAGAGAAUAAUACAUCAAUUGGCAGUGUGUGAAGACCUUCUUAUUAAGGUGGAUAAGUUAAUAUUUUCGGUUGACUUCAUAAUAUUGGAUGUGGAGGAGGAUCUUAAAGUACCAAUCAUUUUUGGACGACCAUUUUUGAAUACCGUUUGUGCUUUGUUAGAUAUGAGUGAAUCUAUGCUAACAUUGAGAGUAGGUGAUGAAUCGGUAAUUUUUAAAGCCGAGCAAAAAGAUACGCAAGAAGGGUCGAGAGAAGAAAAGGUUUCGUUACUGGAUUUGGAUGAUGAAUUAUUAGAAAAGGAGCUUGCAUAUUUGCAAGAAAGCAAUCCAAAUCAAUUCUUUUUAUCUUUGGAGGAUACUUCUAAUGCCAAGGGAGAUGUAGAAGAAAUAGAAAGGUUGAUCAGGGAAGCUGAUUAUCAAGAAAGCAUAAGAAGUCCAAUUAGUGCCCUUGUUGAAUCAGAUGCGCAACUUAUUCCUGAUCCCUUUGAGAACCUUCUUGAGGAAAAUGAGGAUAUUGAAGAUGUUAUCAAUAUUGGGAAUGCACAUUUGGCAUUUCUUGAAGUAGUCAUGGGAGGUGAUGAGAUUGUCCAAGAGAAGAAUGAGGGCAUUUCAGAAGAUGAAAACCACAAUUAUCCAAUUGAAUCACAAAUGUUGGAUCAAGAAGAAGUUUUGACUAAAAGAAAAAGGACCAAGCCUCGUGCCAUUGUCUCUACUAUGUUCGAAGUGUUAACUUUCACGACACCGGAUCCUUUAAUGAAUAAAAAGACAAGCAAGGAAGGAAUGGAGACGAACAAGCAUGGUAAGGGGUGA